CGAUUUCUUUCGCCACAAAGUUACAGCGGGCGCUGAAAACUUAUUUAAGAUUUAAAAAUAACAAAACUCCAAAAAACAAUAGACAUGGCACUCACCGACGCUGACGUACAGAAACAGAUCAAACACAUGAUGGCCUUCAUUGAGCAAGAAGCCAAUGAGAAAGUUGAGGAAAUCGACGCUAAGGCAGAGGAAGAAUUCAACAUUGAGAAAGGUCGUCUGGUGCAGACGCAGAGAGUGAAAAUCAUGGAUUACUUUGAGAAGAAAGAAAAGCAGAUUGAGCAGCAUAAGAAGAUUCAAAUGUCUAACCUGAAGAACCAAGGGAGGCUGAAGGUGCUGAAGGCUCGAGAUGACAUGGUCACGGAUUUGCUAAAUGAGGCUCGUCAAAGACUUUCAGAGAUCUCUAAGGACCCUGACAGGUAUUCCAAACUGUUGGAGGGCCUGGUGCUUCAGGGGUUUUACCAACUGCUCGAGCCUAAAGUAACGGUCCGCUGCCGACAGCAAGAUGUAGAAAUGGUUCAGGCUGCAGUUAAUAAGAACAUUCCCAUCUACCAAGAAGCGGUGAAGAUGAAAAUAACUGUCAAACUUGACCAGGAUCGUUUUCUUCCAUCUGAAAUAAGCGGAGGAAUUGAAAUGUAUAACGACAACGGGAAGAUCAAGGUUUCCAACACUUUGGAGAGCAGGCUUGAACUUAUGGCACAACAGAUGAUGCCUGAAAUCAGAGUGACGUUAUUUGGUGCCAACCCUAACCGUAAGUUCCUGGAUUAACGGUGUAUUUAAACUCUGGACACAUGUGGAAGCUUUAAGGUGACCACUGAWCACCGUUACGGAACACAAGAGCCGGCAGAACCACGUGGCAAUUUUCAGGGUCGAAAAACACUUUAAAAGGGCUGUUUUUGUUUAUUUUUAUAAACUUCUGUUCUGCUUAAGAACACAGUAAUGCUUUGUCCUUUCACUUACCUCACUAAGAUAUGUUUGGACAACUACUUUAUACUGGAGUAGCACUGAAAGUGUUUGCUCUGAAGCUUUAAGUUUAAAAUGUGGAAAAACAAGCUGCAUACCAAAGAUGUCUUUACUUGUUCUGUUGUCUUUUGUGAAUUAAGCCAAAGAAAGGUAGUGUGCAUGUGUGUUUUAUAUCAUUGCUUUUUGCAAUUCUCUAAAAUAAAAAAAGCAAAAUGAUGACACAGAUAA